AUGUCAGUGCACUUUCAUCGCCCCUCGCCAUGCACCACGCAGCUCUACUCGCCUUCUGGUACCAUCGCAAGCAACGCCGACGCCGUGACCGUAAGCCACGCGCAGCAUUCCAACUUCGAUUCGAUUCCGACACAUGGGCAUUAUGUCAGCAACGUGUUAGUGUUCACACCAAAUGGAGUCAUCGUCAUGUGUGCUAUCAAUGCUCCAGGGGCCAUGCACGAUUCCCUGAUUGCAGAGUGGGGCGGUGUAUACGCUAAACUUGAGGACGUUUUUAAGCAACUGGAGCUCGUUGUGUGGUUGAUUCGGCUUUUUCGAAAGGAGAUUGCCCGUUUCUGA